AUGGAUGAGGCCCUAGAUCAAGGCGAAAGUGAAUUUGACACGAUAAUGCGAGAACAGCCCUUGGCGUUCGAGGAUGACUCUGAUGACGAAAGCUACGAGGAAGAUAAUCGUGGCCGAAGUCGCAUACGCUCAAAAAGGUCACAGGAGUCUCAGCGUGACCCGACUUUUUACGUAGUUGACCGAGGUCUUGACCUGCGACCUGGGGUUGAGCGUCCCAAUUUGUAUGAUGGACACGCCACUUCUUGGAGGAACUACAACGCUGAUGAUAUUGGAGCCUAUAAUGCAAUAGCUAUUCAUCGAGCCAGAGAUUUGGCGGCUCACCUUUACAAUGCCCACGCGAUUCGCAGGCGAGCGCGAAAGAUUGCCCGGAAGAACCCUGGGGUCGUCAAUAAAGCGCCCCUCCGUGUGAGCAAGCGAUGGGCUGCAUGGCCUGUUCAUGCAACAACAGUUCCCCGUGCCAAUGAGGUAAUCGAGAGGGAAAUGGACCUCCCUAAUACGUUCCAAAUGGAACCCGAUCCACGACCCAGUGCGGAAUUGGAAGAUUGCCUCAAAUCGCUCAUAUUGAAGGCCUCUAAGGAGGCCUUCCAAGCCCGAGAGGUGAAUUUUGAAGAAAUUGAAGACAACCCCGAAUUUAAGAUGAAUGAUGCGGACGAACUCAUGGAAGAUGAAAUGAGGAAAAAGGAGGAGGAGGAGGAGCUGGUGGGAGGGGAGGAAGAAGAGCCCGUCGAUAUCAAAAUCCUUGAACCGACAGUCCUCCUCGACGAAGAAGAUUCCCUUCGCCAAUUACGUCCGGUGGUCCGCAAUGUGAUUUCACAUGUAGACCGGCUGCUCUACGGGCUCCAUUGCGCCAUGAAGGGUCGCAAAUAUGACGAUGACUCUGGUGACGAGCAAUGGACUGAUUCGGACGAAGAAGAUUACCAGACUCGAGAGACCCGCAAGCGCAGAAGCAGAAGUCGAUCCCGUGGUCGGACUAGUGCUCGACAGGAGUCCCAGGAACGGGAAACCUCACGCCGUUCUAACAGUGCACGUGCAUACUACACUGAACCGGAGACGGGGGAUGAAAGUUUGCGAGACGUUUCCCAAACCCGAGGACAAUCCCCCAACUCUCCUACUGCUGAUGGCAAUCACCCCACCAAGCGCCGACUCAAACUGCGAGACUGGAGUGAAGUUAUAGGACUGGCAUCGAUGAUGGGUCUCCCCACGCCCGCGGUAAUGCGCGCGUCAAAGCGCUGCGCUGACCUAUUCGGCGAAGACAUGGAAUUCAGAAUACUGCCCGAAGGCAGGGUGAAAAGGAAGCGGAAGGCAAAUGAUGAAGAAGAAUAUGCCUACACCGAAAGCGAAAGCGAGAGUGACUCGGCGCCACCAAGCCCUCAGCUACCUCCCCGCCCAGCUAGCAAGCGCAAAACCAAAGCAAAACCCGAUGUUGAACCCAAGCCAAAGCCGAAGUCAAAGCCUAAGCCCAAGCCCAAGGCCACAGCGAAGGUACCAGGCCAGCGAGGCUCGAAGUCAUACCUUUCUCCUGCAACCAUUCCUCCCUCCUCAUCCCCACCCCCAUCACCACCCCCGCCUCCGCCCCCGGAGGUGCCGCCUGAACCAACGGAACCUAUCACAGAGAGCACAGAACAAGUCGCCGAUCAAGAGCCAAAGACGACUAAAAAGGUCGUUGGAAAGGGUCCUCAUCGGAAAGCGGAUAUUAUCUGCCCUAUCAAGACUUGCAGUCGACAUACUAAAGGGUUUUCACGAAAAUGGAACCUUAAUCAACAUUUGAAAAAUACUCAUGCUAUACAUUUUGCUCCUGGGAUUGAAAGCUCGAUUGAACGGGAUGACGAAAAUAUCAUGCUUGAAUAG